AUGUCAAAUUUUCACAGAUUUGGAGACUUUGAGAAAAAAGAACAACCGAAGGGACAGGGAUAUUUUAAUAAGGGAGGAACGGAAUUUUAUUCAAACGACGGCGAUGAAGCUUAUAAGGCUGCUGAAAGCACUGCGUCGAGGGAUAAUGGGAACAAAUAUCACGAUGCUGGGAAGGGAGAUUUUGUAUUAAAUGUGACGAUGUACCAAAAUGGAUUUGUUGUGAAUGACGGACCACUGAGGGAAUAUAACACGCCAGAGAACAAAAAGUUCAUAGACGACGUUAAAGAAGGAUUUAUCCCACAAGAAUACGUUGAAAUGGCUCGAACGUCUAAUAUUGCUAUCAACUUAACAAAUUCCUCCAAAACACAGUACGUUCCAAAAGAAACAAAAGGAAAAACCAAAGAGGAGGUGCAUACAUACACUGGAGUUGGAAAUGUUAUUGGGAGUACAGAGAAGGGACAGAUUUUCCAAGCACCUUCCGAAGCACCAACAAUUGAUAUGACACAACCCACAGUGAGUAUUAAAGUCAGAUUUGUUGAUGGGAAACAAAAGGUGUUUAAAGUGAAUAAGACAACAACAGUGAGUCAGGUAUAUGCUUUAGUCAGAGUGGAGUCAAAUAUCAGUGGGUUUAGACUUGUUGGACCACAAAACAGAAUUAUUGUGAUGUCGGAGAUCAACGUCGUCGACGCCAAAAUCGCAAAUGCAAGCCUCACACAACAGAAGUAA